AGAAAAGGACCUGUAAGGGGCGGGGUUUCGUUGGAGGCAAAAAAGCCAGUGAGGGGAUAUCGUUGUUUGUAGUUAGCCAAGCUCGCAAUAUAGACUUGAUUGCAUUUUUCUGUGAAAAGGACAGAAAUACCAAGGAGAGCAAACAUGGAUGGAGGUGAAGACCAAAACACAGGCACUACCAAUGGCAAUCCUCAGACAAGCGGGAACUCUCGUGCGCCCCAGAUAGCCCAUAUGUCUUUGUAUGAGAGACAGGCUGUACAGGCUCUCCAAGCACUGCAAAGACAGCCAAAUGCAGCCCAGUACUUCCAGCAGCUCAUGCUACAGCAGCAGAUCAAUAGUGCCCAACUCCACAACUUGGCCGCUGUUCAACAGGCCACGCUUGCAGCUAGUCGUCAGUCCAGUACCCCAAGUAACAGCAUGUCCCAGGCGCCCACGACUGUCAACCUAAGCACUACGUCUGCAGGAGGUACCAUGACCAAUCCCCGUCCACACGGCCCAGCCACCUCUGCAACGACAACAGCUCUCAACCAGUCAGUGUUGCUGGGUGGAAACUCUGCAGGACAGGGACAGAUGUAUCUUCGGGUCAACCGCUCUCUCAGGGCUCCCCUUGCCUCUCAGCUCAUCUUCAUGCCUGGCGGUACAGCAACAGCUACUGUAGCAACAGUUGCCCAGACACAGCCCCAGCAGCAGCAGCAACAGCAACAACAACAACAGCAACAGCAACAGCAGCAGCAUGAAGCUGCACCUACCGCUGCUAGUGCCCAGUCUGACGGUGAUCAGGUGCAGAAUCUGGCUCUACACUGCGCUCCCAGGGCAGUUGCUGUCAAGUCUGAGCUUCCAGAGAGGAAAGAUGUUGCCAGCUUUCCUCUCGGCCAACAGCAGCAGCAGACUUUUGCCCAGAGAGCUCAGCAGCAGCAAGUGCAACCACAACAGCAACAACAGCUGGCCAAACCCAACUUUACUCAGCAGUCCACCACCAACACUAUGACUGUAAAGACUGGAAACCAGGCUGCCAUGACUGUUACUCCUGCUGCUUCUGUAGCUCCUUCCUCCACCUCCUCUCCAGCACUCCCACUUUCUCAACUCCUCCUGUCCUCCUCUGCCGCCCCUGUGAUCCUGGUGCCCACUUCAAAUGUUCCUACCACCACCCAGGGCUACUCCAUUGGCUCAGUGACCCCAAAGGCAAACGUUAACACACAGACUCUGGUGGUGCAGCCCCUACAACAGGCCAGCACCACUGCAGACAAAGGUCCUGUGCCGAUCCAGCCCAAGACAGCUCAGGGACACCGCUUACCUGUACAGCUGCCCCCACGACACCCACCUCCCAUUCUUCCAGCACCACCCAGCAACAGCCAGGCCACCACUGGGGGACACAGCACUUCCCACAUCCCUGUGCAGCUUGUGGGAGCCAGGCAGGGCUUAGCAGGAAAUGCACAGGCAGUGGCCCUGGCACAGGUACGAGGCAGUGCAGGCCAGGAAAGUACCGCUGGUGGGAAUGUUAACACAGUCUCCAACAACAGUGCUAUGAUAAAGCCUGCCAUUGGAUCUCUGAAGAGAAAAUCUGACUGUGAUGCACCAAAUGAGAUGGCGACAGAAUCUUCAGACUCUGCUCCCAUGAAAGAUUCUGCCCCUCCCUUAUCCCCUGCCCCCACAAAGGACUCGGCUCCUCCCAUAGCAGCAGCCUUCCCGUCUCCUCCUACCCUGACCUUGCCCCUGUCCUUGUCUAGAGUCGGGCUUGGGGACAAAGACAGAGCGCCUGUUCCGCAGGCAGUGGUCAAACCACAAGUCCUCACCCACCUCAUAGAGGGCUUUGUAAUCCAGGAGGGAGCGGAGCCCUUCCCCGUUGCUGGACUACUCAAAGACAGAGACUUUGCCCUGGUUGGCCGCACAGAGAACGGACCUCCAUUGUUGAAGUGUGAAUACUGUGGAAGCCUCGCCCCAGCCAGCCAGUUCAGAGGAUCAAAGAGGUUCUGUUCAAAUACUUGUGCUAAGAGGUAUAAUGUGAGCUGCAGCCAACACUUCAAGACAAGCAGAGGGAGAAGUGGUGGAGGCCAGGCACCACCUCCAGCACCCACUGAGAGCGCAGCUAGGCGAAGGGGCCCCACUCGCAGGAGCAGUUCCAGUAACACCUGUAAUAAAAUAUCAAGCAGGCAUCUACCUGUCAAGUGUCACUCUGAGUCCAGUCACUCAGAGGACGUAUCCAGCGAUGGGGAAGGAGAGGAGGACGAUUCUCCUUCACUGUCCCCCAGCUCUUCACACUCCUGCUCAAGAGCCGGACACAGCGCUCCUCCGUCUGACAGCUCAGCUCCCGGUAGCCUCCCACUAGAGGGCGCAAACUUUCUCUCCGCAACUCCUGCCAAGUGGAGUGUGGAAGAAGUCUGCAGGUUCAUCUCUUCACUUCAAGGCUGUGAAGAGUUGGCUGCCCAGUUCCUGUCACAGGAAAUAGACGGGCAGGCUCUCCUGCUUCUGCGAGAGGACCAUCUCAUCUCCACCAUGAAUAUCAAGCUGGGUCCCGCUCUCAAGAUCUGUGCCUCCAUCAACACCCUGCGUGAGUGAUGCAGUCAGCGCUUCAGACAGCGGGAUCAUUUUCUCAUUGAUGACCUCUUACUGGAAUCAAUACCUGGACCUGCUCCUCUUUUAGUAAGAAAUGACUGAGAAGGUUGGGGGCAGUGAGGACAGUCUUUUCAAAACAAUGGGGCACCAUCGAUCAUGUGGAGACAUGAGGAUGGACAGUUUGCUUUCAGGACACUGAAUGUGCAAAAACAUGUAUGUAUACUGUUGUGUGAGUGGUGAGCACGGACAGUCUGAAGUAUCUAUGUUAGUAGUGUCAGUUUUUUUUGUUGGGGGGUUCUGUUGCUGUGUGUAGAGGCCUUUUGUAUAUAUACUCUUGUGAAACAGUGCAAAUCUGCCAGCCUGCAGUAAUUGGUGCUAGGUCUUCUAGCCAGGACAGUUCAAGUGUUGGGUAAAAAAAAAGGAAAUGUUGCCUUCUUGCUGUAUUUCAAACGGUGCUUUAACUUUAGAUAUAUAUGAUUUGGAGUGAUGUCAGCAACAGUCCACUUCAUUUAAAUAUGUCAGUCUUUUAGUAGUUAGUUGUUAUGUUACCAUAGAUGUUCAAUCCAGGCUCCAAUCACAUCAAGCUGAGGACACUCAACAAGCCUGGAUUAUUUUAAUUAGUUAGUUUUAGCAGUUAUUAAAAGUUUAGUUUUGUAUCUUUUCCAUUUUGUACUACAAUCAAAAUUAUUUUUUCAUGAAUAUGAUAUAGUUUUAGUAGCUUUAAUCAACUUAACUACCUGAAAAUAGGUAUUCCUCAUGGUUUGCUCUCUCAAGGGCUGAGUGGAAGUGCUCUGUGUACAUGUAUGCAGUACUACCAAUAAACAAUU